AUGAAUGCUCUGACGAUGGAUGUCAUGGAUGAAGGAGGUGUGGUGCAAGCUGUGCCAGAGGCGCGGGCAAAAGGAGGGGAUUUGCCCCUCACGACCCGGGCUCUCGAAUGCCCAAAGGCCCGCCGAGCAGGGGGACCAAUCCCCACAGCGGCGGCGUCGGAAGGAGGAAUGAAUGCCAGAGACCGCCGCAGGGUGCGCAGACAGCAGGAGCGACAGCUGCAGCAACAGCGGCACCUGGAGGAAACGCGAGAGGAGAACGUGCAGCCGCAGCUGCAGGUGCACCAACUUUCACGCGGACUAGAGGAAUUGAGAGGGGAGAAUGCGCAGCUGAGGGAGGUGGGCCGGCAAGCUCUAUUUGGAGCUGCUGCAUGGCCACCUCCAGCAAAGCCAGCGACCAGUCGAGAAACAUGA